CUAGAUCGUGGGAGGCGUCUGCGGGAACUUUCGUCGAGAUGGAUGCCUCCCACAGCAAGCCUUCAAACAUGGAAGCUUAGGUCAAUGACUUUCGAACAUGGCCGUUCAAGCUGUACUACCUCGACCGUACGCAAGUCUCUGGCUUUCGGGAAUAUUCAAAAAAAUCCGCAACCUUGGUAGAAACCCUUCAAGGGGAUGGCAGUCGUCCAGAACCGCGUGGCCGUUGGUUACUCUGCUGCUCGUCUCCCAAGUCGCUCUUAUCGCAGCAGUCGUCGCACUGGUCGUCGUAUCAAAGAGAAGCAAUGGCUUCGCAGCCAUCGGCUCGCUAGGAUUUCUCGACAAUCCACUUGUCGACGGCUUCCUAUGGCAGGGCUUACCUCCCAUCAUCUUCACGAUCUACAAGACCGCAUGGGAAGCCAUAGUGGAGGACUUCGCCGACCGCCAACCUUUCGUCGAGCUCAGAAAACCUGGAGGUGGGCCGCCUUCAAAAACAAUUGCCUUGGAUUAUCGAACGCACAAUCGCUUCUGGCGUCCAGUUGUGGCAUUCAAGAAUCGUCAUUGGAUCCUUGCCCUCACGAUGUUGCUCAACUUACUGGCGACUUUCGUAUUAGUCCCAUUUUCCUCCUAUAUCAUGAACGAUGCGCCAACCUUGGUUACUACGACGUUCAACUCACGACUCAGAACCUCGUUCGACGUAGAUGGCAUAACGUCUUUGCCCGACCUUGGGGCUUCGAUGGACGUUGCGUUUGCAGCACUGAUGCUCGGAGGUCGAUGGCCUGCAUGGACUGACGGGAAGUACGCCUUUCAGGCAUUCGAGCCGCCCCAGUACACUAAGGCGUCAAACAUAUCAACCACCGUCGAAGCGUAUUACUCCGAGCUCGAUUGCAGGAUUCUCUCCGAGGCUGAGUAUAGCGUGGAAUACCGAACGGAGAGUGUCAAGAUAUCCGCAGAGGACCGCGGCUGUGCUAUCUCCACCGCCAUACAGCUCGAUGCCGCUUCUACAAGCUUUGUUGAAUCGUGGUCUACCGUUGGGCAAUGCAGCGGGAAAGAGACAAGACUGUCACUCAUCGCUGGAGAUUACGCGCCCAUUCUGAGGAACUCGACCGCCGAAUUGACAUUCAUCUCCUGCGUGCCCACAUAUUCAGAGGUGAGGGGCACCGUCUCGAUGGCUUUCGACAUCCAAUCGAGCCCAUUUCCAAUCUCUUUUAGGCCAAACGCGGAAACCUCCCGAAUCUCUUCGUUCCAGAGCACGGGAAUUAACGCGAUAUACGAGCCAGCGCUCCAGAGUAUCACCGGAUAUGACGCUUUCAGCGCUAUUGAAGGGAACAACUUUGGCCAGUACCUAUAUCGAAUGGUGAACCAAUCCGGUGUCGGAUGGGAUAGCAAUGCCAUCCUGAACGCGACGGCUGUCCUCUUCAACUCCAUCUUUGCAACCACGACGGCUACAAGCCUCAUGGCAUCUCGCGAGGAUCUGGACUUCAGCUCCUGUACUGGGACGGUCGCAAGUACGAGAGCCUUCAUGAUCUACUGGAAUUGUUACCUGGAGCUCGCAAUCCUCGCCGCGAUGGUCGUAUGUACGUUGGGUCUACUGAAGAAGUCGGGGGAAGGGAGCAUCCUGUUCGAAGAGCCGAAAGGUCUGCUGAGCUAUGCAGGCAUCGUCGAUCGAAGCGACCUUGUGGGCUUGGUCGCGAGAAUCCAAGGAGCAAAGGCUGGGCCAAGCUACGAGGGCAACUUGCAUGCGGCAGCAAAGCCAGAGCUGGAGGGGACGUCUUGGUACCGCAUUGGCGGGACUCCCAUAACAUCCGAGAUCAAAUGUUUUCGCUCAUGAUCUGGGUCGAGUCGGGGAAGUCUGGGCUUGCAGUUAAACUGGAAUUGAAUGGUGUUCUGCUACUCGCUGCGAUUCGGUGGUCAUCUCCUCAGCCUUCGCUUACCCUGGUGAAAGGGGAAACGUGGCGCACCCCAGAAAUGUCGAGGACUUCCUAAAAGAAAAGACCCACGAAAAAUGGUCUCACCACCCACC